CGAGGUCAACAAGUGUCAACAAAAUGGCGAAUCGCACGGUAAAGGACGCGAAUAGCGUCAAAGGAACAAAUCCUCAAUACUUAGUUGAAAAGAUUAUAAGAUCGAGAAUAUAUGAGUCAAAAUAUUGGAAAGAACAAUGUUUUGCUUUAAGUGCUGAACUUCUUGUUGACAAAGCCAUGGAGUUGCGGUUCAUUGGAGGUGUGUUUGGUGGGAAUGUAAAGCCAUCUCCAUUCCUCUGUCUCAUCCUUAAAAUGCUGCAAAUCCAACCAGAGAAGGACAUUGUAAUCGAAUUCAUAAAGAAUGAUGACUUUAAGUAUGUCCGCUGUUUGGGGGCCAUGUACCUUCGACUUAUAGGAGAAAGUGUUGAGAUUUACAAGUACUUGGAGCCACUUUAUAAUGACUACAGAAAGAUCCGCUUUCAAAACAGGAAUGGAGGCUAUGAGCCGACGCACAUUGAUGAGUUUAUUGACGAGCUACUUCACGAGGAGCGCGUGUGCAGUAUAAUAUUACCCAGAAUUCAGAAGAGACACAUUUUAGAGGAAGCUGAGAAAUUAGAACCAAGGGUGAGUGCAUUAGAAGAAGACUUGGAGGUCAUGGAGAGUUCAAGUGACGAGGAAGAAGAAAUUAUUAAGGAAAGUAGAGGUCGUUCAGUAGAUCGGUAUAGGGAUCACGAUCGUCAACGGCGUAGUCCGUCUCCAAGAUACCGCAGAAGUAGAUCAAGAUCACCGCAUAGAAAUCGACGAAGAAGAGAUUCACCACACAGGAGAAGAAACCGAAGUCGAUCUAGAGAAAGGCGGCGUUCACGUACACCAGAACGUCGUCAUAGAGACCGAGACCAUGGUGAUAAACAUCGCAGUCAUAGACACGCUGGAGCAGAUGAUGAUAGACGGAAGUCACACAAGACUAAAAGAAGCCGGCAUGAUAGGGAUUACAACGACAGAGAGCAUCGACAUGAAAGCAGAAGAGAACGCCACAAAACAGAAUCAGAUGAGAUUGCUGAAGCAAAUGCAGUGAGAGCUUCUCUUGGCCUGGCUCCAUUGAAAUGAGUGUGCUAGUUCCUAAUAAAAUACCUUUAAAAGCUUACCAUAGAUGAUUAAACAAGCACCUCACUUAACGCUAAGGCGCUCAAUAGUUUUGCAGUAAAUUAUCCAAAAUGCCUUGUAGCAUUGGGACACUAUUAAACAACAAAAUUUACAAUUCUUGAAUUAUGAUGUUAUAUUGUAACAAACCUGAGAAGUGCAGACCUUGGUACAACACCCGAUACUAUUAACAAGACCCAGGGAGGACACUUGUGGCACGCAUUUUGUGCUCCAUAAAACAUGCAAAGGAUUGGUUUUUAGGUCCGAUGGGAAGCUCUGGAAACACUUGGCUGAUUGAUUAAUAUAUCUUUUUUUACUACUGCCUAUAUUAUACUGCCCUCAUCGGAGCUUUCAAGAUUGCAAGAACUCUAGCCCCGAUGAGAAGCUCUAGAACCAAUCGGCUGAUUGAUUAAUACAGUACAUCUUUUUUGUACUACUGCCUCUAUUAUACUGCCCUCAUCAUCGUUUUCUACAGGCGUGGUUCAAAAAGGGUAGUCAAGUUUAUUAUUGAAUUUGGUGAUCAAGAAUUUCAUUUUCUCAAUAUUAUCAUUGUGGUAAUAUAAGAUUAGAGUACUGACAACCUAUUCUGCCAACACAGAGACAGCAUUACACACCGCUUGGAAGCCUAAAUGUCCUCUUUUCCUUUUGAUUUUAUUUGUUCUUUUGAAUAAAUUGAUUUUGUACAAAGUACAGUA